AUUGACAUCAUAUAAUAGCAUUGCAUUUGCAAUCAGAUUCCAUAUAAUUAUUCUUUCGUUUCACGAGUUUGUAUAUCGACGAUUUGGUCAUAUGUUGUUUGAAAAUCAAUAUGGCGGCGGACAUGUGUCGUUGUGUAUAUCGAGGUCAAUAGCUGGUCGUUUCUCCGCUUCGGCGUGAUUAUUCUCGAGUGUUCGUCGUCGAGCAUAUUUGCUAAUGUUUCUGAGGAUGCGCGAAGAUGGAGGAACGUCGCACGACAAAACCUAAUCAUAAGGAGUGGCGUCGCAUCGCGAAGAAGGAACGUCGCAGACGCAUCCGACAGAGAGUCGCCCAGGAACGCGAUGGUAAUGAAGAGAAGUUGAGGGCAGCACUGAUGUGUAACGAGAAAUACUUGAAUUGGCGCGCUGAGCAGGAAAAGGAGGAGAAAAAGAAGGAAGCCCGUGAACAAGAGGAACAAGCGGAACGAAACAAACUUUGGGUGGCGGAAGAGGUAAGAAUACAGAAAGAGUGGCAAGUUCUUCAGGAUCAAAAGGCGAGGGAGGAGCAACAAAAAUUCGAGAAGCAGAUGAAGAUUCAUAAAGAAUUAGAGAUAAGACAGGAAGCAAUACGGAAGAAAAAAGAAGAAGAAAAACGAAAGCACGAAGAGCAACUGCGAAAGCAAGAACAAUUGCAGAAAGAAAUCGAUGAUUACAUCGAUAAUGGAGUGAAAACACCCGAAGCUUUGCGAGAAGUCAUCGAAAAUCAACCUAGCAAAGAUAUUUGCCCAUUUUUUACGAAAACAGGUGUUUGCCGAUACGGAGAUGUGUGCUCGAAGAAUCAUCGUAGAGUCUUCCUCAGUAAGGUGAUCCUUAUACCCGGAUUCUAUUCACAUUUCUCGCUCGAGAAAAAUUCGGCAGAAUAUGAUACCGACGUUGCCCUUGAAUUCGAAAGUUCAGAGACUUGGCAUCACUUUCGCGCAUUCUACGAGGAUGUGAUAAGCGAGCUGGAAUCGUUUGGCAGAAUCAAAACGCUCAAGUGUUGCUGCAACAUCGAAAUUCAUUUGCGUGGCAAUCUGUACGUCGAGUAUUACACGGAAAGAGAGGCGGCCAGAGCUUGGAGGAACCUGAAGGGACGCUGGUACGCUGGCAAGCAGAUUAAUUGCGAAUUCGUCAAUUUGGUGUCCUGGAGGAACGCUAUCUGCGGCAUGAGCAAGUGUCCAAAGGGCAGCAGAGCCUGUAAUUUUCUUCACACCUUCAGAAAUCCUCACGAAAAGUACAACAUCAAGAGUCCACCUCGAUGGGCACGGAAUAUUUCUCAAGAUCCGAACAAUAGCAAGAGAAGCGAGCGCAGUAACAAAUCCAGAUGGGAAGAAUCCGUUCGAGAUGAUAACGAGAAAGAUCGAAAUUGGAGAUGGUCCGAGUCUCCCGAAAUUGAAAUAAAUACUCGUUCAAAAGACUCAGAAAGGAAACGUUCUCAUUCUACGGAAAGAAGAUCGCAAAGAUCUUUACGCGAUAGAAGUCAUAAUCAGAGCGAAAGAUCAAAUAUUAGGAGUUCUAAGAAUAGAACAUCAUCCGAAAAACGUCGAUCAAGUCGCUCUAAGAGAGCGUACGAUGACGAAGACUCUGAUGAGACAAAAUCGCACGAGCAUUCUUCCAAAAGGCAUAAAAAAGAAUCUAAAAGAAGAAGAAGAAGUGAUAGCGAAAAUGGCCAUGAAAUUUUUGGAAAAAACUAUUAAAAACUUCAAAACCAUAGAUAUAAAAGGAAAAAAGAUGUAAAGGCGGAUGAUUCCUAAAAAUGAUCCAAAGAAGAUCUGUAAAGUUAAAAAAACAGUGCUUUUAAUAUUGAAGAUAAUUUUAUUAAAGUGACACAGUAUAUGAAAGCAAUGAUCGAACGAGUAAACAAUAUUUUGUUUUUAAGUUUAACGAGUCAAUAUCAUAUUAUUCUUUUAUUUUCUGAUUUUGAUUGUAAUUUUGAUAAAGACUGUUAAUCUAUUCUGCCAUUCUAUUACUGUACAAGUAAACUAAUAUUUAUGUAAGUACAUAUAGGAAUAUUAAAAAAUAAAUCGACUGUGAUAAAUUA